AUGUCACGAGAUAUUAUCAUCGUUGGCUCUGGUGUGAUUGGGCUUACUUGUGCCCUUGUACUUGCAGAAAACGGAAAAUCGGUCAAAGUUAUUUCGAAUCAUUUUCCAGGAGAUCCCUUGAGCUCUAACUAUACAUCUCCUUGGGCUGGUGCACAUUUUAGACCAUUUCCCAGCAGAUCACUCAGCGAUGAAAGGGAGAUGCAAUUGACCAGGGAAACUCAGACAUACUUUAAGCGGCUUGAGAGUGAAGAGCCUGAAUCUUCAAUCCGCUUUCUUGAUGGGUUGGAAUAUUUUGAAGCACCAGAUAAUUUUUAUUUAAAUCUAUCACCUGGAUAUAGUGAUAAAAUGAGUAACUUCAAAAAGCUUCCAAAGAAGAAUUUACCCCACGGCGUAGCUAUGGGCACAAGUUAUUCCACAUGGGUGUUAAAUGCUCCACUUUACCUUCAGUAUCUUGAACGGAAACUUUCAAUGAAAUAUGGGGUUGAGUUUGUAAGAUGCGAAUUAAUGUCUUUGAAGCAGGUUUUUCAAACGUACCCGAACUCGAUAGUUGUUAACGCGACUGGCAAAGGUUUGCAGUAUAGUGGAGGCUAUGACCCUAAGGUAUUUUUAAUAAGAGGCCAAACAUUGCUUCUUAGAGUACCGGAUGACUGCCCGUAUUUAAAAGAAACUGUCACACAUCAAUCGAAGGACGGAGCUUGGACAUUUGUUAUUCCAAGACCGUUUUUUGGAGGAGUUAUUCUUGGAGGAACUAAGCAGCCCGAUGACCUUUGUCCAUAUGAAAGACUCGAAGACACUGAAGCCAUAAAAUCAAGGGCAAGGAAGUUGUUUCCCGAGUUACAAAUCAAUGGAAAAUUUGAUGUGAAAAAAGUGAAUGUUGGAUUCAGGCCAGCUAGAGAAAAUGGCUGUCGUAUUGAAGUUGAGAAAAUUGAGAACAAUACCAUAAUCCAUGCUUACGGGGCUGGAGGAAUGGGUUUUGAAUUGUCUUACGGCGUAGCAUCAAAAGUUAAUGAGCUACUUAUGCAGCUUUUUAAUACUUCUAAGUUAUAA